UUGCCUUCUUCCGCUGCAGCAACGCCCGACUCAGAAUUCCAAGAUGACCGACCACGCCGACGUGGACUUUGAGACCGGCCACUCUGGAGCCUCCACCACCUUCCCCAUGCAGUGCUCCAGCCUGCGCAAAAACGGCUUUGUCGUGCUGAGGAACCGCCCCUGCAAGAUCGUGGACAUGUCCACCUCCAAGACAGGCAAGCACGGUCACGCCAAGGUUCACUUGGUAGGCCUCGACAUAUUCACCUCAAAAAAGCACGAGGAUAUCUGUCCCUCCACCCACAACAUGGACGUUCCCAACAUCAAGAGAAGUGAUUACCAGUUGAUCGAAAUCCAGGACGGCUACCUGACUCUGCUGUCUGAUGCCGGGGAAUUACGUGAGGAUUUGAAGCUUCCCGAGAAUGAUUUGGGAAAAGAGAUGGCCACGCGUUUUGCCAGCGGGGAAGAAUCAGUGGUCACAGUCAUCAGUGCCAUGGGAGAAGAAUGUGCUAUCGCAAUCAAGCUGAUGAGCAAGUAACUGCAACAUAGGACUUCGGCUUCUGGUGAAACCGCCUUGCCCCAGGCCUGGGGUAUGGAAGACAACCUGUUAUUUCAACAAGAAUGCAUCAAAAGUAUAAUUUAAAAAAGGACAAAAAAAAAAAACAAAAAAAAAAAUUUGCAAGCGAA